CACUGGGGCAGAGUGCAGCAGAGGCGGUAGUGGAGAGGGAUCACAGCCGACCCAAGCAAUGCUCAUGUGGGGGUUAAUGUUUAGCCUGAGGCCGGGCGGCUCUUGGCCCUGCAGCCGUGCGCUCCGGCUCGGCAGUCUGCUGUCCAACAACCACAUGUCCAAAAUGUCAUCAGACUCCCACUGGCUCUCCCCUGCCGACCGGGAUCAGCAGGUGAGGGACCUCACGGCCACGGGAUGGGUGGAGGUGGAGGACCGUGAUGCCAUCUUCAAAGAGCUUCACUUUAAAACCUUCAAUCAGGCAUUUGGCUUCAUGUCUCGAGUGGCUCUGCAGGCUGAGAAGAUGAACCAUCACCCAGAAUGGUUCAAUGUUUAUAAUAAGGUCCAGAUCACAUUGACGACACACGACUGUGGAGGACUGUCAAAGCGGGACGUCAAAAUGGCCAAGUUUAUCGACAAAAUUUCACUUUCAAUGUAAUAUUUUUUGUCUUCAGUAAAUCAGUUUCUCUGCUUCCAGUCACAACUCUGCAGUGUUCUUCAUAAAAAUGAUUAAAUAUCUUCUCCUGUUGAUCCAUAGACCUCCGGGUUCCACUUCAAUAGCAUCUGUAAAAGAUAUUCUAUUUUGAUUUUUGCAGCAUAUUUUGUCCAAGCUUUCAUUAGGAAUAAAACUUUGAUUUUGUAAAUGUGUUGUUUCUGUUAUUUACAAUAUUUUUGC